UCAACUUCCGGAUCAGAGUUUACACCGUACACGUGAGACAAGCGAGUGAAGGCAAGUCAAUUUUAUCUGUAUUGCCCAAGCGAACGUAUUUCGACUAUCUCAAGAUAUCCUUCGGCUGAUACUUGAACAGGAUGGAUGGAAAAGUUAAAGAACAGAAGCCACAUCAGCAGAAGCAUAGUGGACCCAAGGCGAAGAGGAAAAAGAUGAAGAAUCAAGGAGAGGUAGCUGAGAUGGAGAAACACAAGAGGAAUCCCAAAGCCUAUGCCGUGCAGUCUGCUGUGCGCAUGGCCAAAACAUUCCACAGGGCCCAGGACCUAAAGGCCAGAAAACACCACAUACCUGUUGUUGAUCGCACACCCCUGGAACCUCCUCCGGUGGUGGUGGUUGUAGUCGGGCCGCCCAAGGUGGGGAAAAGCACUCUAAUCCGGUGCCUGAUUAAAAACUUCACACGGCAGAAACUGGUGGAUAUAUGUGGCCCAGUAACUAUUGUCUGUGGUAAAAAGCGUCGGCUGACUUUUGUUGAGUGCAGCAAUGACAUCAAUACAAUGAUUGACCUGGCCAAAGUGGCUGAUCUGGUUCUGAUGUUGAUCGAUGCCAGCUUUGGUUUUGAAAUGGAGACUUUUGAGUUUCUCAACAUUUGCCAGGUUCAUGGUUUCCCCCGUAUCAUGGGUAUACUGACACACCUCGACUCCUUCAAAAACAAUAAGUCACUGCGCAAGACAAAGAAAAACCUUAAACAUCGUUUUUGGACAGAGGUCUACCAGGGUGCCAAGCUGUUUUACCUGUCUGGAAUGGUUUAUGGGGAAUACCAGAGUCAGGAAGUAAAGAACCUAGGUCGUUUUAUCUCUGUCAUGAAGUUCCGUCCUCUGACGUGGCAGACCUCCCACCCAUAUGUGCUGGCUGACCGUAUGGAAGACUUGACGGACCCUGAAAAAGUGAGGCUGGACCCCAAAUGUGACCGGACAGUGUCCUUCUAUGGCUACCUGAGAGGGACAUACUUCAAAAACAAAGGACAGGUCCACAUCCCAGGUGUGGGAGAUUUUGGAGUUGCAGAUGUGAGCUUCCUGCAAGACCCUUGUCCCCUUCCAGAGGUUCAGAAGAAGAGGUCCUUAAACGAGAAGGAGCGUUUGCUCUAUGCCCCUAUGGCGGGGGUUGGGGGGGUGGUCUAUGACAAGGAUGCGGUGUACAUAGAUUUACCUAGCGUUCAUGUCAAUAAGGACCAGGAGGAAGGGAAUCCUGCUACAGAGCUGGUUCAGUCUCUCAUUGAAACACAUGCCACCCUUGAUGCCAAGAUGGCUGCCAGUAAGCUGUCGCUGUUCACUGGUGCCACCACCUUGGAAACCACAGAUGUGGAAGAGCAGGAGGGGAACAACGAGGCGCUCAAGGAGAACUGGGUACUGGAUCCCGAGAACCAGCGAGAGAGACGGAAGGUUUUCUUUCCUGAGGAGGAAGAAAAAGGAGGCAAUGGUAUCACCAGUGAUGAAGAUGAGGUCAAAACAGAUACUGAGGAAGAAUCGAGUGACGAGGAUGGAGAGGGCAGCGUAUCCUCAUUGAUCGAAGAGGCAAAGGCUAAACCUAAAAAGACUGAAACAGCAGGCAGGACUCCACUAUUGAAAAAAACAAAAAGAGAGAGGAAAGGCGAGAAAGAACUGUUUGAGCUGCCUGUGUUUGCUGACAGUGAAGAUGACUUGGAGAUGAAUGAAGAGGAGCAAGGAAAAAAGGAGACAAAACACAAGAGUAGACAGGGGCAACUCGAACAGUAUGAAUUAGCUUCUGAAGAUGACAAAGAGGUUAAAAAACCUGUGGUAGAAAGAGUAUCUAGAAAUUGCCUCAAGGAGGAUGAAGACGUAGAGGGGAUGGAUGAUGAAGAUGAGGUAGAAGAGUCAGAAGCUGAAUUAAUGGAAGUACAUGUUGGUACAUCCAAAACCAAUGAAAAAUGCAUCAACAAUCAUGAUCGGGAGAUUAAGGGAGAGGACCUUGGUCAGUUUUGUGAAACUGAAGGGACACUACGGUGGAAGGAGGGCCUGCACCGGAAAGCCGCAGAGGCCUUUCUACAGCAAAAGCAAGCUACCCCCAAUCUGCGCAAACUGGUUUACAGCAGAGUUGCAGAGGAGGAGUCUGACGUGGAUGAUGAGGAAGAACUGGGUGGGUUGUUUCGUGUAAGCCGCCCCAAGAAGAGCAAAAGGUACUGGGCAGAUGCGACUGACUGCUCCUGUUUCAAACCCGACGGCUCUCACAAUUGGGAUUUGGAGGAGAUGCUGGCGUCCAUCAGGGAUUGCUUUGUAACUGGGAAAUGGGAAGAAAACAAAGAUGCUUACACUCUGCUUAAACAAGAAGAGGAGCUUUAUGGUGACUUUGAAGACUUGGAAACAGGAGAGGUCCACAGAGGCCCAAAAGGAGAGCAAGAGAACCAAGCUGAGGACAACUCUGAUGAAGAUGCUGAUGAAGAUGCUGACAAAGAGAGGGUGAUAACAAUGGAUGAUGAGGUCCAGCAAAACAAACGUCUGGAGAAGAAGCGAAAGUUGAAGGAACUUUUUAAUGUCGAGUAUGAUGAAGGAGAUAAGCCUUAUUUUGACGACCUUAAAGAGGAGAUGCAGAAGCAGGCUGAGUUGAACCGGGCAGAGUUUGAGGAUGUGGACGAUGACACCAGAGUGCAGUACGAAGGUUUCCGGCCAGGCAUGUAUGUGCGUGUAGAGGUGCCCUCUAUGCCUUGUGAGUUCGUCGCCAACUUUGACCCCCACUUCCCUGUAAUCCUCGGUGGUCUCGGCUCAAGUGAGGGCAACGUAGGAUACCUGCAAAUGCGGUUGAAGAAACAUCGCUGGCAUGAUCGGAUCUUGAAGACUCGAGACCCCCUCAUCCUGUCCUUGGGCUGGCGCCGUUUCCAAACAAUCCCCCUCUAUCAUAUUGAAGACCACAACGGACGCCACCGCCUGCUUAAAUACACACCACAGCAUAUGCACUGUGGUGCUUCCAUCUUCGGUCCCAUCACACCACAGGGCAGCGGCUUCUUAGCUGUGCAGUCAGUAACAGAAACCAGUAAAUCUAGUUUCCGUAUCGCUGCCACAGGAGUGGUUCUGGAAAUGGAUAAGUCGGUCAGAAUCGUGAAGAAACUCAAGCUGGUCGGCUACCCAUACAAAAUCUACAAGAACACCUGCUUCAUUAAUGGGAUGUUCAACUCGGUGUUGGAGGUGGCUAAAUUUGAAGGGGCAUCUAUCAGAACAGUCUCAGGGAUCAGGGGUCAGAUCAAGAAGGCCUUGGCCACACCCGCUGGAGCUUACAGAGCUUCAUUUGAGGACAAGCUACUGAUGAGUGAUAUCGUGUUCCUACGCUCUUGGUAUCCAGUAUCAGUUCCUCAGCUCUACAACCCUGUGACCUCACUGCUUCUGCCUGAUGGCCAGAAGAACACUUGGUCAGGCAUGAGAACUCUAGGACAGCUGAAACAUGACCUUCAGAUCCAUAAUAAACCCAACACUGAUUCUUUGUACAAGCCUGUGGUUCGAGCUGAGAGGCGCUUUAACCCUCUACACAUCCCAAGGCAGCUACAGAAGGCCCUGCCCUUCAAGAGUAAGCCUAAGCAGGAGCAGCCAAAAGGCAAAACCCCCUCAGAUCUCCAGAGGCCUGCAGCGAUCAGAGAGCCCCAUGAAAGGAAGGUGGCAGCUCUACUGAAUGCCCUCUCCACGGUGUACCACUAUAACAGUAAGAAAGCCAGCUUGUUACAGCGUAGCAAGCACAAAGACUUCCUACAGAAGAGGCAAACACAGGAGGAGGAUAAACUCAAGAGGCAGAAGGAGGCACGCAAGAAGCUCUACCGCAUGAUGGGCCAGAUGGAGAAGAAGAAACAGGAGUCCAGUCUUAAGGGGGCAUCGCAUAAGGACUAAUUUUAACUGUUCAACUUUGUGGACUGAGCUGUCAGCAUGUCAGUGCCCUGGCUUACUCUGAUGUGUUCUAACUGAUGUGUUGUAACUGGGUGUUUUUACCCUUUGUUUGAGCUUUGACAGAGUUCUCUGGCUGCUGACACCUGCAGACAGAGUACGAGCUUCCUCUGGCUUUGGAUCCCACUCUGGUUUUCUAGAAUUGUUUCACAAAUUCACUGAGGCAGAUGUAGAGUAAAUGGGGUGUCCGGGUAAUGUAACGGUCUAUUCCGUUGCCUACCAACACGGGGAUCGGCGGUUCGAAUCCCGUGUUACCUCCGGCUUGGUCGGGCGUCCCUACAGACACAAUUGGCCGUGUCUAUGGGUGGGAAGCCGGAUGUGGGUAUGUGUCCUGGUCGCUGCACUAGUGCCUCCUCUGGUCUCUAUUGUGAUCCUCCCGCGUGCUACGUCCCCCUGAUGAAACUCCUCACUGUCAGGUGAAAAGAAGCAGCUGGUGACUCCACAUGUAUCAGAGGAGGCAUGUGGUAGUCUGCAGCCCUCCCCAGAUCAGCAGAGGGGGUGGAGCAGUGACCAGGAUGGCUCAGAAGAGUGGGGUAAUUGGCCAAAUACGAUUGGAGAGGAAAAGGGGGGGGGAUGUAGAGUAAAUGCUGAUUUAUUAAACUUGUCAUAAAGUUUAUCAAGU